AAUUUGUGUGGCACUUUCAAAAUAGAAAAUUCGCCGAUAUACUGAGUCUCAGAGAAACAGACUUUGUUAAUUAAAAUGGGAUGUUACAACAAAGAUUUGCGAAGGUGGCAAUUCAAUGGGUGAAUAUCGAUGUGUUCUGCUUGCGACCGUCCUGAAAGUCCAUAAUUCAAUUCCUUUUUAUCCUUACUGCAAGCGAUGCUACACCAAGCUGGUCUUUGACUCCAAGAAAAAAAUAUGGAAGUGCAGUCAAUGCUCAAAUAGGAUGAAGAACGUGGACGUUACGUAUCGCUUUCGUCUUUCAAUGUCUGUUGCCGACAGACGAGGUGUAGCUGAUGUUUGCAUCUUUGGACAGUGUUUGAACAACAUUUUUGGAUCAACUGCUGACAAUUUUCAAAAGUAUUUACAACAUAUUGAAGUUUCACACCCAGAUAUUGACGCGAACUUGCUUCUCCAAUCUGCUGAAACUAAUACCAUUACUGGAAAUCAGUUCUACUUUGGUUUUAAAGUGGCAUGCAAGACAGGAAUCAACAUCAAAGGACUGGAUGAUCUUGUAGUGCAUCACUCAGAAGACCACAUGCCAAGGAGUAUCGUAGCUUGUCAGGCUAUCCAACCAUUCCAAAGCUCUCAACAUUUGACAGUUAUUCAAUAUCUUAAACACUGGAUCCACUGCCUUUCCAAAACAACAAUUACAGAUUCAUGUUCAGCCGCAUUAUGCUGCUGUCACAACAACCAUGGGAUUGAUGACAGAAAGCAGUCUCUUAGAAAGAGUUCUACUUUCAUCUGUAGUGGCUCUUCUACAGAAUCUAACAGUCAAAGGAAGUUGGCUACAAACUCUCUUGUAUUAAGCUAUGAAGAAUCUCUUCAGGCUUCAAACAGUCAAGGCAUUCAUAGCCAGCCAUUAACAGUAUCGGUUGAUGCAAUAGAACAUAGUCGUAGAGAAAGUUUGCAGUCACUUAGAGAAUUUAAUGAAUCAGAGACAGUGUGGGAAGAUGGUUUCCACUCUUGUAGCUCCAAAAAUUGUGCUGAAAAUCUUAUUGAUAGUUUUAUGCAUAUAAAUAACUUUACAAAUCAUGAAGACAAUAAACCUGUUCGACAAAUUGAAGACAACCAAUCAAAAAUAAUCAGUUCUAAUAGUAUUAGGACGUGCCAGCAAAAUUCUACAUCCUCUGUUAAAUCCAAUGAAUCCACAACCUUUCCUGAUGAUUUGCCAUUCUCUGAGGACCUUGAACUUUUUCUUGAGAGAGUUGAUGCCAGGCAUGCUGAAGGAAAUAUUGGAAGUUCAAGUGGAAGUAUGAAUGCUAGAGAACUAUCACUGAAGGUCAAAAUAGAGGAUUGUGCAGAACAUCAUUCGGUAGCUAAUCCUGCGAAGUCUACAGAGACUCUGCAGACACCUUUGGGUGAAACUCUUGACAAUGAUGUUUCUGAGAUAAGGGAACCAAAUAACUUGAGGAACCAAACAUAUCUGAGUGAAUUACCUUUCCCAGAAGACUUUGAAUCAUUUGUACAGCAUUUAGAAAGUAAAAAUGAAGGUGAAACAGCAGAUUCAUGUAAACGAUCGCCAUUAUGCACACAUGGAAAUGUCAUUGAUUCUUCCAAUGAAGAAAACCUUUCAAAGCUGCAAUGCAGAAGAGAUCCGAACAGAAGUUUGAAGAGACAGGUUGCAAACAAUCUUACACAUAUUUCUGCUGGGAUUGUGCAUGAAACUUUACAAACUUGUAGGUUUUCAACACCUAUACAAGUUCCAAUAAGGACUGGAUUUAGAAAAAAUUGCAAAAGAAGAUUACAACACCAACUUAAGACAGAUCUUCCCACUGACAGACCACGACGAAAUUCUCACUGCAACACGUCAAAUACAGAGAAGGAAGCAAGUCAUAAAAAGCUACUUAAGCAUGCAAGCUGCCCACAAAACAGUGUUUUAGGAGAUACCACAGAUAGAAACUUACUAGAGUUGCCCAGUGAUCUUCAAGUAUUUAAUAAUUCUACAUUUGAGUUAUUUUCAUCACAAAGUUUAAUUUCUCCAAUCAGUGUUAAUGGAAAUAGUAAAAUUACAUUAAAAAAGAGGACAAAAUCACUUUCGAAGGAUUUAAUGGAGAGAAGGUUGCAGUCUAAUGUGAUUGAAUCUCAAAGGAAAUUGAGUCACAAAUUGGAUCUACUGAAAAGUGCAACUAAAAAUUCUGGUCUCAGUCAUUCAAAUGUCUGCCAAACAUUUGAUGCCAAACCAGAUGAUCAUAAUACUUCGACACAGCAGUUAUUUGAUUCCUUCAGUGAUGUGUCUUCACUUGUGUCGCCUAAUCUAGAAACGAAAAACCAAAUUCAGAAUUUAGGCAAAGUAUUUUCUCCAGUGAAUAAACUUACGAGAAAUUUUGGAAAUUACCCAACAGAAGAAAAUCAGAACGUUUUAACAUUCCAAAAGUUUGCUGAAGAUUUAAAAGAUCUCGGUAGUAUCAAAAACUGUGACAGUACCGUGACUUCAGGAAUUAUAGAACCUGUAUCCAGUGUGGUUACAAGUUACCAUAGUGCAGAUCUUUUCUCGCAAUCUUAUUCACACCAUAGCUGCAAAGUGUUGGAAAGUCGGCAGUUUUCCAGAACUCCCGAUUUGUUUUCGUCUUGGAGUAAUGAUACUAGUCUUAUGGUGAGCAAUGAUGACCAUGCCAGCCAGAACAACCAUGAUAAAUUUGAUGGUAAUUUAAGCAUGCCAUUAUUUUCCAGUUUUGAGGACAGUGGUUAAUUUGGAAUUCACAAGGAAUAAGACUUAUUUUUGCAACUUUUUAAAGCUAUUUAUUAAUAUUCCUGAACUCUGUCUACACUAUAGCAUUUUAUAUGGCAAAUACUUGACUGUGAUAUGACAUACAUGCCCAUAUAUGGGCAAAUAAGUCAUAUCUUUCCAAAAAAAUAUUGGUAAUGUGAACAUUAUAUUUUAUUUAGAAAAUUAUGUACUGUACAGUACAACAUAUAUUAAGAGAAACCUAAUUACUGGGUAUAUUUUAAGAUUAUCAAUGAAGAUUUAAGCCGGGUACUCACUGCUCUAUGAAGAACGCAACGCGACGUGCCGUGCGCGCAACAGAUCGUUUUUAAUGACGAUCCAUUCAGACUGCCACCGAAAAUCAGCGGACGGCAUCGCAUCGUCUAGCACUCAUGCGGCGGUCGUACGAUGCAGCGAGUGUCUGAAUUUAGUAAAUAAUAAACAUAAAUUAAUUUAAAUUUUGGAUACCAGAAUGUGUUUGAAACAUUAGGGAAUUUUCGAUGCACGACGUUAUCCAUAACUUUAACGGAUGACGUCAUAAUUUAUUCAUCUUACGUUACUAAUUACGUUAAUUUCAGGAUUUUACGUGCUCGACGUACAUUAGUUAUGGGUUUGUGCAUGCGUAUUUCGAUGUGUUUACAAAAGGGGCGAAGCUAUCGCGCUGCAUGUUGGGUACUAACGUUAAAGUUAACGUCAUGCAUUGAAAUCUCCCUAAUGUCUAGUAAAAACCACUCCGGGCUGGCCUAUCUACCGCCUUACCUUGCCCGGUGGUCUAGUGAAAAAUUAGCAAGGUAUUUCCUUACUACCUUCGUAUGAGCCUAAAAAAAUAUCAUGGGCUAGUAAAACAGUCUAUGGGCUAGUAUUAAAAUCUACUAAAUUAGCCCAGUGGGCUAGUUACCAAAGAAAGUUAGAGCAAGGCCAGAAUUACAAAUUAAUUACUUAUAUCAAACCAAUAAAGACAUCUAUAAAAUAUUGAAAUUUUUUUUUUUGGUGAAAAUUAUGUAAUAACAAAAUAAACUAUAUUUAAUAGCAAAAAUAAAAA